AACGGAUCUACUACUAGUAUGUACACAGUAAUCUGUUCAACGGAGCCGUACUUCGUCCUCCGUACUCCGUACAAUAGCGCUUUUUUAUAUUCUUUUAUCUUUUUUAUCUUCCUCCCUUCUUUUCAUCUGAUCCCUUUUUGUGCGGGCUUCAAUUCGUCCAUCCAAAGCCAAUGAACCCAGCCAGACGGCCCAGUCAGCUCGUCGGCCGCGAUGGCUCCUAAGAAAGCAUCCUCGUCAUCCAAAAAGAGCACCACCAAGGUGCCCGCCAACGACUCCUCCCCCACCAUCUCCACCGCCACCUCCACAUCCACCAAGGAAUCCUUCGAGGCCGACCUGCGCGCUCUCGCCGCCAAAGCCCGCAACGAGACCUUUGCCAACCGCGCGCGCGCCCAGGCCCGCAUCUACCUCUGGUCCGCCACCCUCCUCACCCUGCUUGCCCUCUCCUCAGUCGUAUCCCAGCUCGCGCUGUCCCCGGUCUAUGGCUCCAUCCCGUCGGCGAGAUGGCACGCGAAACUGCUCAUGGCCGCCUGCUUCGUCGGCUGGUCGUCUAACCUGUUCCUCGACCGGACGCUGCCCUUCCGGCCGGAGCACCUGCUGCCCGUGAUCGCGCUGUGGACGCCCGCGGUGCACUUCUUCCUGGGCUCGGUCAGCAGCUCGCUGACGGCGGCCUGGGGCCCGCUCGUGACGGAGGCGCUGACGCUGUUCCCGCUGGUCGGCCUGUCGGCCGCGUGCGUCGCCACCUCGCUGGACGGGGCGGACCUGUCGGCGCUGCCCGGGUGGCUGGCCGACGCCGCGCCGGGCUUGGGCUCGUACGCCUUCUUCAGGGCGGCCGAGAAGGUCUUGGGGGGUCUGGUGCAGCGUUUCGUGGGCAGGUCGCUGCUGACCACGAGGACGGGGCUGGAGGUGGUUCUGGGCGCCCUGUACGCGCUGGUCGCGCCGUCCAAACUGCUGCUGCUCGCCCUGCCGGCCGUCUUGCACACGGCGCUCUUCAACACGCACGUGCCGACCUCGACGGCGCUUGCGAGGCUCAACAGCGGCCUCGCGGAGACGGGAUACGUGGUGCUGGAUAGGGCCGAGUCGAUCACAGGCUAUGUCUCGGUCAUCGACAGUCCCAAGGAGGGUUACCGCCUAUUACGAUGCGACCACAGCCUGCUGGGCGGCGAGUGGGUCAAGCUCAUCGGGCAAGGGCGGCUCAAGGGUAAUCAGGUGGCCGAGCCGGUCUACAGCGUGUUUGCCAUGCUGGAGGCAGUCAGGCUGGUCAAGACGCCCGAGCCGAUCGUUGACAGCGAGGCGAAGGCCCUCGUGAUCGGACUCGGCGUUGGCACCACACCGGCUGCCCUCGUGGCCCACGGCAUCGACACCACCGUGGUAGAGCUCGACCCCGUAGUGCACAAGUUCGCUUCCCAGUACUUCCACCUCCCUAGCAACCACACUGCCGUGAUCGAAGACGCAGUCACCUACACCUCGCGGCAGGCGGCCGACGAGGCCGCACCCCGCUAUGACUACAUCAUUCACGACGUGUUCACGGGCGGUGCCGAGCCCAUUGCCCUCUUUACUUACGAGUUUCUGCAGGACCUGCACUCUCUUCUCAAACCCAACGGUGUGAUCGCGAUUAACUAUGCCGGCGACUUUGCCCUGCCCCCUCCCCGCAUCGUUGUCAACACGAUCAGAUCCAUCUUCCCCGCGUGCCGCAUCUUCCGCGAGCACCCGCGCGACGAAGAGCUGUUCGCCAAGUCCGGCGGCGACUUCACCAACAUGGUCAUCUUCUGCACCAAGCAGGCCGGCGGAAAGCUCGCGUUCCGCCUGCCGGGCGCGCGGGACCUGCUGAACAGCCCGUCGCGGGAGGCCUCCCUGCUGCCGCGGCACGAGGUGAAGGACGCGGACUUUCUCGCCGGCGAGGCGCAGGCGGGGGGCAUCCUGAGGCGGAACGAGACGGACCGGCUGGAGAAGUGGCACGAGGUGAGCGCGGCUGGGCAUUGGGCCGUCAUGAGGACGGUGUUGCCGGAUGCGGUCUGGGAAGCGUGGUGAGGGGUAUGUGUACCGAUGUACGUAUGGGAGCGGGAAAAGGGCAGGAGUAAUAGCCAUGAAUAUGACGACACGUGCUGAGGGUGACUGACAUAUGAGGAGUUGAUAAGAGGGGGGGCGCGGGUUAUAGAGGGGACCGUAGAUCCGGGAAUGUGACGCCGAAAGAGGAACCCAGCAGCAUAGAGAGGACAAUGCCUACCGUACGUUGCAGGCUCAGCAACGUUCUACAGAGAAAAACUCGACCGCACUGGUAGGUAGGUCUACUUAUCACCACGCGAACGAGCGACUUUUUUUCUUCCCCUCUUCCC